AAAGCUCCGGGCCGGCGGUCAGUAUCCAUUUGGCGACCACGCUGUCAACACACGCUGAUCCGGCUCUUCUCUCUUACUAAAAAAGAAUUGCAGCAACUAUCCGGCAGGAUCGUACAAAGUGCUCAGUGGAAACAUAGACCCGUGUGAUUUAUGCCAACCAACCAACGGUCGAAGGGCAUUGGGAAGCGGGUGCCAUCAUCGAAAUAUUUGAUGUAUUUUUUUUGUAACCGAUCUCCGUACGUGUCUUUUUACCAAACUGAAACAUAAAGGCACAAAAGAACAGUUCGACCAAAAGAGAACUGAUCCAAUUUGGAAAGCCAUACAGGAAUUAAGCGGUUGCGUGAUUUUUGUGAAGUGAACCCCUAUAGUUUAGUCGCAUAGGAAGUGAGAGAGCUACCAGGAACGACGUGUUAAAUUGGGAUAAUUGUGUGUGAAAUUGUUAUGGUUAUCGAUAAUCGAGUCUAUGAUCCAAGUACAACGUAAUAUGGUGAAUAGUGUGACGCAGAAGAAAAAUAUUGUGGAUUUAAAAGUUAAGUUAGUGUAUAAACGCAUUAGAACUCAUGAGAUGCUGUAAACAUAUGUAUCACAGUCAACUCAAGACUAACCGGAAAUAUUUUGAUAUACUCUUAAAAAACGAACAUCAUGAUUGGCACGAUGAUCUCAGCUAAUAGCAGAAAUACAUUUGCAUUUCUCACUUAUUACUUCUUGGUUCCUACAAUCUCAGCGAUGCUCCAAUUUUCCUUGGCGCAUGGUCAACAUCAACAGCAAUUUAGAAGUGUGCCCACAACGGUCAAGACGUAUGAGAACGAAACAGUUCUACUACCAUGCUAUCACAACUCUCCCUACAGAUACGUACGAUGGUCUCGCGAUGAUCUGUUGCUGGCCGAUUCGAGGUAUCCGGAUUUGACGCCACCACCAAGAGUACAGUUGUGGAAAAAUGGCAGCCUCGAGGUCAAUCAGGUACAGAUGGACGAUACCGGAGACUACACGUGUGAAAUUACGACCGAGGGCGGUAAGGCCAUCCAGCAGCAUGCGAUCGAGGUGCAGUAUCCUCCAACGAUAUCCAUGUACCCAUCGGACAAGAUCGAGGUAAAAGUUGGUCAUAUAUUGGAAAUUAUCUGCGACACGACUGGAGUACCACAGCCAUAUAUUACGUGGAAUUUCAAGAAUGACAACACCAGUGCCACCUUUGAAAAUAGCCGAAAAAUAAGCGUCCUGAUAGAAGAUAAAGAUUUCGCUGGUCCCAUUGAAUGUCUCGCUACGAAUGGCGUUGGUGAACCAGCCAGCGCAGUUCUGGAUGUUUUUGUUGACUUUGUUCCGGAAAUCAUUGUUAAAACAACGCCCGUCCACACAAAAAACGGCCAAAGCGCACAACUGGAAUGUGUCGUCACAUCUGCCCCUACCGCUUCCGUCCACUGGUUCCACAAUGGGCUACCACUACCGUCAGAUCGUCGUUUCUCCAAGCAGGACAACAUCGUCGCAACGCCGCAAUAUCACACCGUAUAUCGGCACGUGCUGCACAUUCGCAACAUUCGAGACGCCGAUCUCGGUCAGUACGAGUGUAAAGCGGAAAACAAGAUAGGGAUAAAAGGUACCCACAUUGAACUGACGGGACGUCCAAUGCCAGCAUCCUUUAAACCGUCCGCCGAGAUGUCCUCUCCAACUACGCACAACUUGAUCUGGCAAGUGGAAAGCUUUUCGACGAUCAUCGAAUACAAACUGAAAUUUCGAAUGAUACCAUCGGGGAACAUCACACCCAACAGGCGCUAUCCAAAUCUGGCCUGGAGUGAGUUGAUCAUACCUUCAGAUGGUUCUGCCGGUCCUCUGCACAGUACCGGCUAUACGUUGCAGGGACUACAGGCGACCAGUGUGUAUGAGGUUACGGUUUCAGCCAGAAAUAGGUAUGGCUGGAGCGAUUCUAGCAACAUACUAAGAUUUGCAACAGGUGGUGAGAUUGAAUUGGAAGAUCCGGGAUAUCAAACGACGGAGACAAUCGACUACUCUGAUGAGAGUGAAGACCCCAACAUAACGGAUAACGUUAUUACCAGAGACUUUUAUGAUUAUAGUAGUUUUCAAACUAGUGAAUCGAGAACGAUUGGAGCUGGUGCGGGAUUGCGGUGUGAAGCGGUGCUUGUCCUAGUGACUCUGAUCAUAGUGUACUACAUCAGUAACGUGGUUAAGAAAUAAAAGUGCCACUGUACAUUUUGAUGUUUUUCCAA